AUGAAGGAACUUUUAAAAUUUAAAAAGAACAGAAACAAAAAAAAUCAGUUAAAUACUGAGCAAAAAGACAAAAAAUCACUUAAAAAAAAGAAAAAUGAAUUCAAAAAAAAAAAAUAUAAAAAAAAUAAGAAUAACAAUUUGAAAGAAAAAAUAAAAAAUAAAAAAAAUUUGGAUAAAAAAGAGAAAAAAAAAAAUGUGAAGAAUGAGAAAAGUAAUUUAUGUAAAAAUACAAAUUAUGAGGACGGCUAUAAAUCAAAUAAAGAGAAAAUUCUUCCAGAAAAAGAAUUGAAUCUUGUAGAAGAUGAAAGAUUUCAAUUCAAUGAUAAGUUGUGGUUAGAAGUAAAAAAGGAAGAAUCAAAAAAAGGGAUUAUAUAUUUGUCUCAUAUACCAAUAGGUUUAAAUGCUUCAAAAAUUAAAGAAAUUUUUAGUAAAUACGGUUCUAUUGAUAAAAUGCAUUUAAAUAAGAUAAAAGAGGAUGAAAUUGAUAUUGCCUCAAAAGAAAAAAAUAACAAAAGAUUGAGAUAUUCUGAUGGAUACAUAGAAUUUUUCAAUAAAAAAGAUGCUAUAAAAGUAGAAAAAUUAUUGAACAAUCAAAUGAUUGGAGGAAAGAAAAGAAAAAAUAUACUAAGAGAGAGUUUUUGGCAUAUUAAGUACUUAAAAAAUUUUACUUGGAAUGAUUUAGUGUCUUCUGUAUUAUAUAGAAAUAUUUCAAGAAAGGAUAGAUUUAAUUUUGCAUUAAAGAGUAUGUAUAAAAAUUAUGAAAAAUAUUUAGAAAAAAAUAUAGAUAAAGAAGGCAAUAAUAAUAAAACAGUAAGUAGCAAAUUAAUUUUAAAAAAAAAUCAAGAAGAAAAAAAAAAAUUAUUCUCAAGAAAAAAUUCCAAUAAAUUAAAAUUUAUAACUAUAAAAAAAGAAGAGAAAAAAACUGAUAAAGACAAUACAGUUUCUCCAGACUUUUUAAAAUUACUAAUGUAA